AUGGCGACACUGCUGAGAAAACUGUGCGAAUCCGCGACGCUCAAGCGAACGGGCUCCAAUUCGAAUCCGAACCCAUCCUCGGAGCGCGCGCCAUCUCCUCUCGGCGCCUUCGACCCUCUCCCCGCCGAUAUACUGAUGCAAAUCGUGAGACUCUUGGGCCCCAGACACGCCGCCAGACUCAGCCUUCUCAGCAAGUCCUGGAGAUCUCUUGUCUCCGACAACGACCUCUGGGCCCACUUCCUCCACACUCACCACCCCCACUCCGCAUUCUUCGCCGAAACCGCUCUCAGCUCCGGCUACCCUCUUCCGACAUUGGCUGCUCAGAGCUCGCCACGUGUCUCGCUGCAGCAUGUUUACGCCCUCCGUGAACGGCUCCCUCCGUCCGUUGUCAUCGACGGUUCGGGGUUCUGGCUAUUGCAAAUUCGGUUGGAGCAAAGACGCUUCUCCUUCCGGGCAAUUCGCGACCUUUUUGGUGACGUAUUUCAUGUCUUGAUUCUCUGUUUUGAGCGAAUGAUGCAGGUGAAACCAAGUUCUCAACCAGCUGUUGUUUCUAUACCAAUUUGCCACUAUGAUGAUACUGAAUCAGCCAAAGCAUCAAGACAGCAGCUUAAAGAGGCAAUCUAUGCUGCCCUGUUUGACAUGAACGUUCCUGCUGUUUGUGCUCUCAAUCAGAAGUUGAGUGGUGCUGUGGUGUCAAAUGGCAGUGGUGACAAGGGAUGUGCUAGUACAUUUGCAGUAACUCUUCUGCUCUAUGGUGCACAUGCAAGUUCUUUCUGUACCAAUGAGUGUGCAUUGCACCCACCCUUCAAUCUAACCAAUCAUUCUGGGGUCGUCCAGGAUCAAAUACAUGGGACUUUAGCUUUGUAUGCUGCAGAACAAACAUCUGGGAUAGCUGUUAAUAUAGGAUUUCAAGUGACAUCUGUAGUUCCAAGUAAAGUGAUGCGAAAGGUGGGUGUUGAAGUUGUGGGGCUGGGAGCACUAAAACUUACUGGAUUUCUUAGAAAACAAAUGCAAGAGAACAACAUAAGUUUUGAAUCUUUAUACACUGUUCGCACACUGAAAGAGAAGCUAUGUUAUGUUGCUGUUGACUAUGAAGCUGAGCUAUUGAAAGAUACACAAGCGUCAUUUGAAGCUGUAGAAGGGUUGUUUACACUCUCAAAAGAGCGGUUUCAAACAGGGGAGAUCUUAUUCCAGCCACGACUUGCUGGGGUGCGAGCAAUGGGUUUGCAGCAGGCCAUCGCACUUUGUAUGGAGCAUUGCUAUUCUGCAGAAUUAGCAGGUAACAACGAUUGGUACAAGACUGUUGUCUUAUCAGGGGGAACUGCCUGUUUACCUGGUUUAGCAGAAAGGUUAGAAAAGGAACUUCAUUCGUCACUUCCUCCUUAUAUAUCCGAUGGAAUUAGAGUCAUACCUCCUCCAUUCGGUGCGGAUACUGCAUGGUUUGGUGGAAAGAUUCUUGGCAGUUUGAGCACCUUUCCUGGCCCAUGGUGUACCACAAAAAAGCAAUUCCGUCAGAAGUCUAAAAUCAACCGCAUUUGGUGA